CAGCUAUGUAAUGUUUUUCGAUCCCAUGAAAUGGAAAUUGACCAGUGCUUGCUGGAGUCCCUACCAUUAGGCCAGCGACAGAGGCUGGUAAAGCGGAUGCGCUGUGAUCAAAUAAAAGCUUACUAUGAACGAGAGAAAGCCUUUCAGAAGCAGGAAGGAUUUGUGAAGAAGCUGAAACAUGGAAAGAAUCACAAAGUUCAUUUCAACCUUGCUGACAUGAUACAGGAUGCAAUCAUCCACCACAAUGAUAAAGAAGUACUUCGCCUACUGAAGGAUGGUACUGACCCUCAUACAACUCUUUCCUCAGGAGGAUCUUUACUCCACCUGUGUGCCCGCUAUGACAAUGCCUUCACUGCAGAAAUACUAAUUGAACAAGGAGUGAAUGUAAAUCAUCAGGAUGAAGACUUUUGGACACCAAUGCACAUUGCCUGUGCAUGUGAUCACCCUGACAUUGUUCUAUUACUGCUUCUAGCUGGAGCCAAUGUCCUGUUGCAGGAUGUCAAUGGGAGUAUACCCCUAGAUUAUGCUGUGGAAGGGACAGAAUCAAGCUGUAUCCUUUUGACCUAUCUAGAUGAAAAUGGGGUGGAUCUGACCUCACUUCGCCAGAUUAAACUUCAGAGACCAAUGAGUAUGUUGAAUGAUAUAAAACAGCUUUUAUCAUCAGGAGGAAAUGUAAAUGAGAAAAAUGAUGAUGGUGUUACACUUACAAACCUUGUCAAACUUCUUUUGAUGUAUCAGGCCAACCCAAAUCUUCUUAACUGCAAUGAAGAAAAACCUUCAGAUAUUGCAGCGUCUGAAUUUAUUGAAGAGAUGUUACUAAAAGCAGAAACCAUCUGGGAGGAGAAAAUGAAAGAGCCCUUAUCUGUUUCUUCCUUAUCUCAAGAGGAGCCAUAUGAAGAGAUCAUCCAUGAUCUACCAGCACUUUCCAAUAAACUCAGUCCACUGGUGUUACCAAUUGCCAAGCAAGACAGUUUGCUAGAAAAAGACAUCAUGUUCAAAGAUGCUGCAAAAGGCUUAAAUAAACAACAAUCUCAAGACAACACCCCUGAAAACAAUACAGCAAAUGUUCCUACCAAACUUGAACAGGUCAAGCUAAUGCCACCAGCUCCCAAUGAUGACCUAGCAACAUUGAGUGAACUAAAUGAUGGCAGUCUUCUUUAUGAAAUCCAGAAGCGCUUUGGCAACAAUCAGAUAUAUACAUAUAUUGGGGACAUACUUCUGCUUGUUAAUCCAUUCAAAGAGCUUCCAAUUUAUUCCAAUAUGGUCAUGCAGCUUUACCUGAGCAGUACUGGAAGACUAUGUUCCUCUUUGCCCCCACAUAUUUUUUCCUGUGCUGAGAGAGCUUAUCACAUGCUUUUCCAAGAGCAGAGACCUCAAUGCUUCAUCCUCAGUGGUGAAAGUGGUUCUGGGAAGUCUGAAGCCAGCAAGCAAAUAGUGAGGCAUCUCACAUGCCGAUCCACCUCUAGCAAGUGUUUAUUUGACUGCAAAAUAAAAAAUGUCAACUGUAUUUUAGAAGCCUUUGGACAUGCUAAGACAACGCUUAAUGACUUGUCCAGUUGUUUUAUAAAAUAUUUUGAACUACAGUUCUGUGAGAAGCAAAAAUUUUUAACAGGAGGCAGGAUUUAUACUUACAUGCUAGAGAAGACCCGGCUUGUUUCUCAACCUCUCAGCCAAAGCAAUUUUCUUAUUUUCUACUUGUUGAUGGAUGGGCUGACUGCUGAAGAAAAAUAUAGUCUGCACCUUAACAACUUAUCUUCACACAGGUAUCUGAACCGGUCCAUACUGGAAGACAUAACCAUAGCAGCAAACACUGUUAACAGAGAGAAACUGGCUGCUCUGAAACAAGCUUUAACUGCUAUUGGAUUUAGCAAUUUGGAGGUGGAGAAUCUGUUUGUGAUUAUAGCAGCAGUUUUACAUAUUGGAGACAUUCGGUUUACUGCUUUGACAGACGCUGACACAGCAUUCGUGUCUGACCUCCAGCUGCUGGAACAAGUGGCUGCCAUGCUCCAGGUGUCACCAGAUGAAUUAGUGUCUGCCUUAACAACUGAUAUUCAAUAUUUCAAAGGGGAAACAAUAACAAGACGGCAUUCUCUAGAAACUGCUGAAUUUUAUCGUGACCUCUUGGCCAAGUCAAUAUAUAGCCGCCUGUUUAGCUUUUUAGUGAACACAAUGAACUGCUACCUCCACAGUCAAGAUGAACACAACAGGGUUUCCCAUAUAGAUGAUGAUGUUGAUGUAAAAAUUGCCAGAGCUAGCUCAGUAUUUGGAAGGAUCCAAAAGAUAAGUGUGGGAGAAAAGAAGUAUUACACUGCAUACCAAAAUGAAGGUCUACAGAAGCAUUGUGCUGACUUCAUUAUUCUCUGUGUCAACAUGACCAAUGAGAAGAUACACCAGUAUAUCAAUGAAGUACUUUUUCUACAAGAGCAAACAGAAUGUGUACAAGAGGGAGUUACCAUGGAAACAACAUAUUCUCCUAGUAACCAGACAGCAGCUUUGGAUUUUUUUUUCCAGAAGCCAUCUGGAUUUCUAUCUUUAUUGGAUGAAGAGAGUCAAAUGCUUGGGUCACUGGAAUCUAACCUUCCCAAACGGCUACAAACUCUCUUGGAAUCUUCCAACUCCAAUGCAGUUUAUUCUGCCAUUAAGGAUGGGAAUGGAAAUGUGGCACUCAAAGAUCAUUGUACCACCUUUACUAUUAUGCACUAUGCAGGACGGGUAACUUAUGAAGCCGUUGGAGCAAUUGAAAAAAAUAAAGACUCCCUUUCACAAAGUCUCCUAUUUGUAAUGAAAACAAGUGAAAACAUAGUGAUCAAUCAAUUGUUCCAGUCCAAACUGACACAAACAGGGUCCCUUGUAUCUCCCUAUCCUUCCUUCAAAGUUCGAUGGUCCAGAUCUAUCAUGCUGAGUAAAAAAACUCCAGCUGCCUCAGUUACCAGUGAAACUAAGAAAUACCUAGAACUCAGCAAGCUGUUUAAAAAGAAAGGAACUUCUACAUUUCUGCAGAGACUUGAAAGAGGAGGUCCAGUCACAGUGGCAUCACAACUCAGGAAAUCCCUCACAGAUAUCAUUGGGAAACUUCAGAAGGGCACACCACAUUUUAUUCAUUGCAUCAAGCCCAAUAACUCUAAGCUGCCAGAUACCUUCGAUAAUUUUUAUGUGUCUGCCCAGCUACAAUAUAUUGGGGUCUUAGAGAUGGUGAAGAUCAUUCGUUAUGGAUACCCAGUCCGCCUCUCCUUCAAUGAUUUCUUGUCAAGGUAUAAGGCCUUGGCUGAUACAUUGCCAGGAGAGAAGAAGAAGCUGUCGGCUGAGGAGAAAUGUCAGCUUGUGCUUCAGCAGUGUAAAUUACAAGGCUGGCAGACAGGAGUCCGAAAAGUGUUUCUAAAAUACUGGCAAGCUGACCAACUCAAUGAUUUGUGCCUUCAACUCCAGAGGAAAAUUAUAACCUGUCAAAAAGUUAUAAGAGGCUUUCUUGCACGCCAGCACUUGCUGCAGAAGAUGAGCAUCAGACAGCAAGAGGUCACUUCAGUCAAGAGUUUCCUCCAGAACACAGAAGACAUGGGCCUGAAAACGUACGACGCUCUGGUCAUACAGAAUGCGUCAGACAUCGCUCGAGAAAACGAUCGGGUCCGCAAUGAGAUGAACACAGCUUACCAUAGAGAAAAGGUAGAGGGCAGGAACAAGCAAGAAGAAGGCAUCAAAAGAGCUCCAGACAAGGGUGGAAAGGUCUCUGAAGACAACUUUCCAGUCAGUCGGGCACCCAAGCAUUUUCAUUCGAGCUCAGUUCCAGUCCCCAUGGCAGUAGAUGGCUUGGUACAGUCUCUGGCUGGAUCAUCCAUCAGAUCUCCCUCCCUGCACUCUGUGUUCAGCAUGGAUGACAGCAGUGGCCUGCCAUCACCACGGAAACAGCCCCCUCCCAAACCAAAGAGAGACCCCAACACACGACUGAGUGCUUCCUAUGAGGCUGUUAGUGCCUGCUUGUCAGCAGCUGCUAAGGAAACAGCUAAUGAAGGGUUGACCCGACCUAGGCCACACAGUGAUGACUACAGCACCAUGAAAAAGAUUCCUCCCCGAAAGCCCAAGAGAAGCCCAAACACCAAACUUAGCGGUUCGUAUGAGGAGAUAUCAGCGCAAAAGCCUGGAGAAGCAAAACACUUAUGUGCUAGAGCUUCUUCUGCAGAUGGGCCCCAUCAGGGAAUCCUCAAUUUGUAUAUGUCCCAAGAGGAAGAGGAAGAGACUGAGCCAGUAUACAUCGAAAUGGUCGGGAAUGUCAUAAAGAAUAGUUCCAUGGAGACAGACAGCCCAGAUCAAGGAGAGUCUGUUUAUGAAGAAAUGAAAUACUUUUUGCCAGAGGAAAGCAGCCACAGUGGUUUGGGAAUGGUUCCCCUCGUGACUGGAUCCCCACCACUGUUUUUUGACUGUCGAAAACCUCUAGCUGGUGAAGAUGGGGACAUGAGCAGCCACACCGUAGGGACCUUCAGAGAUACUUGUGACAUUCCACCACCUUUUCCAAAUCUGCUUCCUCAUAGACCUCCCCUUUUGGUGUUUCCUCCAACCCCAGUGACAUGCUCUCCAGCCUCUGAUGAGUCACCCUUAACACCCCUGGAGGUCAAAAAGCUUCCUGUCCUAGAAACCAAUCUGAAAUAUCCUGUGCAAUCAGAUGGAUCCAGUCCCUUGUCUCCACAGUACUCCAAAAAUCAGAAAGGUGACAGUGACAGACCGUCAUCCCCUGGUCUAACAAUAUUUAAUGUGUCCAGCAAAGUUUCUCCACCUUCCACCCCACCUCCUCCCCCUCUCCCACCUCCUCCAGUGCCUCCCCCAGCUGCUUUUAGACCUUCCACACAUUUUACCUUCCCUCCAGAAACUCAUGCUCCAUUUCUGGCUAGUACUGGGAAAGCAGUAACAAAUUCCGAGUUGUCCAAAGUACCUCAGAAACCAAAUUCUACUCACGGUGCAGUUACUACCAGCUCAUUUUCUCAGCUGCCCUAUUCCCCUGGGAAAGUGGCAAAAGUUGAGCACAGGAAACCCAAUUCCAGUUCAUCCUCUCCUCUACCAUACAGCCCUCCGAACUCAAGACCGCUCACUAGUCCUCUUGAUGAGUUAACCAGUCUGUUUAACUCAGGACGGAGUGUGCUUCGGAAGUCUGCAGCGGGAAGGAAAAUAAGGGAACCCGAAGGUGUACCAGAAGAAGAGGGCUACUCGAAAUUGUCAGUGAGUGGUACAGCAAGCUCAUCAAUCCAGAGACAUAGGGAGAGCCACACCAGUCAGGUAAUCCAUCAGCUAAGGCUUUCAGAAAAUGAAAGUUUGGCCCUUCAAGAACUCCUGGACUGGAGGCGGAAACUUUGUGAGGAAAGAGAUUGGCAACAAAACCAGCACCAUCCAGAACCUCGGGUCAGCGGACCUCCUCCACCUCCUUGUAAAAAGCCAGCUCUAUUGAAGAAGGCAGAAGAGGCUUCUUGCAAUAGAUUACCUUCAGAAUUGUGGGACACCACGAUUUGAUAUGGACCUGCUUGCAGACUCUAGAAAUCAAAACCACCUAGUGACUGGAAACUGUAGCAGCAAAAAGAAUCUUGCUGCCCUGCCUAAAAUGUGCUAGAUUCUCUCUCCAGGCAUUUACCCUCAAAAGCACAGGAAACUGGAGUUCAAUACACUAGAUUCAAUAUGUAUGUGUGUGUGUUUGGUCUUUCUUUUCUUUUCUUUUCUUUUUGUGGUGAUUAGCACUGAUCUUUCCAACUGUGUGCUUUGGAGGCCCCUGGAAUAACAGAACACUCUCUCUAGAAACCAGGAACCUGCCGACAGUAGUGGGGCUGGGGGGGAAAGAUGAGUCCUGGAUUGGAGAGGGAACAGAAUGGUAGAGUUGUGGGUCAAAUGAUAGGUGGGAUUGAUGUGCACACUGUACAGCUGUUUUAUAGAGUUCAACACUAUGUUUAUUGUACCUUGAAUGGUUUUAAUAUGAUGCAUAUAUAUAGUACAUAUAUUAUAUUUCUUUGUAGAUGUCUGUGUUUUAUUGGAGUU